GCCCAUCCAUUUUAAACUUACGUACAAAAUAUUCGCACUUCGUGAAACCCUGUUACGUAAUGACGCACAUCCUUUCAGCACAGUUAUGCUAAGCUAAGCAUCAGCAGAGGUUGUGUCGUAGAUUGUUGUUUGACUUCUUACCCGUGGAGAAAUCGUCCUGGCCCGCGUAGAAGACCUCGUUUCAAUUCUAUCGUAUUUGUCUGGGAUGUAUGGAUGGAUAGUUGACGGAAUUUCGUCGCUGUUCGAGCCCGUUACGGGGCAAAACUCCCACGAUUGGCCCGGGAAAAGAAACAUUACCGACGAAGAACCCACGCGACCAUGCUUGAAAGCGGCUGUAAGGUGUCAGGAGAGCCACGGAAGACCGGCUAAACGGAACUAUCAGAGUGUGCAUGUUGCAGAUGGUGUUUGCCACAGUGACCAAGUAGAGGUGAAAAGACGUAAGCGAGAUGUAGUAGUCAGCUUUGUGAAGAAGACUCUAGCUGGGGUAGCAGGUCUACUCAGGCUGCGGAAACCUCUGCCCACCAAGUGUGACAAUCCACAAAAGUAUGAGGACACUCAGCCUGUUACUCUAAUGGGCAUAGAUGAACUCCACAUGUCAUGGAUGAGAAAUACUGAGUGGAGGAUGGCACUCCCUGCAGGGCCUUCAGACAGAGCUAAGGAAAGGGAGAGGAGAGGCUCCCUCCAGCUGCUGCCAUCCAGGCCUACUGUCAGGGUGGGAACUUCUAACCCUGAACUUGCAUGCAAUGGCCACGGACACAACCGCUGCUACAAGCCCAGUCUCACAGUGGAGGAGACCAUCAAGCAGAACAAUAAGGAGCACUACCGGCGUUUGUUGGAAAUGGUGACGGAGAAAUACAGUAAAAGUCAGCCACUACCCUUCAACCAAACAAAACCACUGGAAGAGUCACAGGCUGAUCACAAAACAGCCACUUUUGGAAGAAACUUUGAAUCAGUAUCCAGGAAGAUGGGAUGCACAGUUGCACCAAGUGUGUUUACAUUCAGGAAUGCAUCUGCAAGUAAAGACAGGUGGAGUGGACUAAGCUUCAGUAGGGGUUUCAGUGGAGCCCAUGAGGAAACGCAGCCUGUUAGAUAUACGAAGCAGAAACAAGCCACAGAGUUGGAUCUGUCUACAGAAGUAGCCACACGGCUCAAUCUAGUAGACAGAGAUACCCCUGCUGGCAGCCUUUCUACCACACAAGCUGCAUACUCAACACAAGCAAGGCACAGUGAUGAGGACAUACCCAGACUGACCAAGGAUAUGGCAGCAGAGGUGAGCGGAGCUCUAGCUCAGAGUGAUCCCAGCCUUGUUUUAAGUGCAGCUUUCAAACUUCGUAUCACACGGCGAGACCUGGCCACAUUACAAGAAGGCGGCUGGCUCAACGAUGAAGUAAUAAACUUCUACCUUUCCCUGAUCAUGGAGCGGUGCUCUGGAGAAGGAGCUCGAAUAAAAGUCUACUCCUUCAGCACCUUCUUUUUCCCAAAGCUGCGUGGUGGAGGAGGAGGGCAGACCGGCGGUCAUGUUGCAGUGAAGCGUUGGACCAAGGCGGUGGACCUCUUCCUCUUUGACCUCGUACUGGUCCCCCUGCAUUUGGGUGUCCAUUGGGCAUUGGCUGUGAUAGAUUUUAAAUUGAAGACUGUCAAAUCGUAUGAUUCGAUGGGUCAGAGACAUGAUGAUAUCUGCAAUCUAUUACUACUCUAUUUGAAAGAAGAGCACAAAGUGAAGAAAGGCAGGGAGCUUGACGGUGCCAAAUGGACUGUUGGAAGCCUAAAGGCUGUUGAAAUUCCCCAGCAGAAAAAUGGGAGUGACUGUGGUGUUUUUGCCUGUAAAUAUGCAGAUUAUAUUGCAAAAGGACGGCCUCUAAAUUUUAAACAGUGUCACAUGCCAUACUUCAGGAAGUUAAUGAUGUGGGAAAUCCUUAAUCAGAAGCUGCUAUAGAGGGUUGCACUGACAGAAACAUCGUGGAAGGAACACUGUAACCUUUUAUUGGCGACAAGUUCAUCUCACAAAGACUGAAUGGGCCAAAGACAUGAAC